CUUUCCUCGAUCAUAAGGUUUAAGCUGCUUCCCUUCGAGUGCCAACCGGCUGCAAGAUUCUGAAAUCUACGUCUCAAGACGACACUCGUCUACGUCGUGCGAGGGCCAGUGCUGCUCCGAGACCUCGACUGCUCUAGCAGCCGACGUGCGACGUUUCCACGCUCCUUCUUACUCCACCUCGUGCCGACCGAAGUUUGUCGCUCGAAAACUACCGAUAUUCAGGCGCGGACUUUUAAUCCCAUAGGCCCACGACGACGCCAGUCGUAGCCUCGAGGAUCGCGAGUCGAGGAGGUUGUAAAGACCAAAUGUCACCCUUCGGCAGACGGUGAUCGCACCAAUGGUCCGAGGGGGCGCAGGCGGCUUCAACGCCCACAGGCUCUUCGCCGACUUCGACGAGGACCUGCAAGCGGUCGGCAAGAAGGACGAUGAUCGAAAGGUGCCAUCCGGUGCAGGCGGCGGCCCCGCUGCGGCGUGGGUCGGCAGCGUGGGCAUGGGCCGGCUGAGGAGUAGGAGAAGGAUCGCCUUGAUAGCGUGUGCCGUGCUGGCAGUCUGGCUGUUCCUUCGAAACAUCCCCGCCGAAUUCUGGGAGCCGAACGAGACGGGCGCGAUGAGGAUAGCCAAGUUCCACUCGGGCACAGAUCACGCCGGCUUCCGGCCGGUCGAAAACACCCAGCCCAAGGCCGAUGCGGCGCUCGCUGAGGGACGGACGUCGCCCGGUCAAGCGGCCAGCGGGUUGCAACCGCCGCCGAGAUCGAAGGGCAAGAAAGCGAAGGAGGACACGUACUACUACGACGGCCCGAUCGUGUUCCCCAACUUGAAGGAGACGCUGCGCGGCAUCCAGCGCACAAUGGGUUUCAGACGGGUCAACCAGAACGUUCUCUUUGUGGCCAGCAGCCUCAAGAGCCUGAGUACGAUCAUCCCCUUGGCAUGCGAGAUGACGAGACACAAGGACAACUUCGUGCACGUGGCCGUCCUUGGCCGCUCUGACUUGGACGUGGAGGAGAUUGUGCGCAUCAACGGCGUCGACGCAGACGAGUGCAAGGUCUUCUGGCACGACGCCAGGCCAAACUACGCCAGCUACAGCUCCGAGGUCAGGGCCGAGGCCAGCGUGGCGAGCGCCAUGGAGCACAUCCAAGAGUACAUGCAUCCUCAGGUCGUCAUCAUGGACGACUCCAGCCUUGAGGAUCCCUGGCUCACGAGGCAGGUCAGGACCAAGUCCGCCAAGCACGGCUGGCCCGUCAUCGAACUGCCGGCCGGCGCGAGCGAGCGGUUGCACUGGCUGGCGAGGCUGGAUGCGCAAGCCCUCCGCGCAUUUCACAAAACGAGGGUGGACAUCGUCGUUCAGGCGCCACAAAAGGAGACGGGCGGCCUGCUCAGACUCUUGAGAAGCCUGAGCCAAGCGGACUAUCGCGGUUUGCCCGUCCCAAAACUCACCAUAGAGCUGCCACCGGAGGUGGACGACGUGCUUCGCUGGUACGUCUCGGACUACAAGUGGCCCCCCUCCACUUCGCCGCUGCAGCCCGUGCUGAGCAGUCAAUUGAACCUGCGCCAUCGUAUACCUGGCCAACGCCUGAAGCCCGAAGAGGCCUCGAUCCGCUUUCUGGAGUCCUUCUAUCCGACGAGUGCGGAACACUCGCAUGUCCUAGUUCUGAACAAUAACGUCGAACUCUCGCCUUUGUUCUAUCACUGGCUCAUGUAUUACAUCCUACAUUACAAGUUCUCACGCCUGGGCUCGUCCUUUUCCUCAAACCUUGUCGGUCUCAGCCUCGAGAUUCCAAAUACGCAUCUCAACGGGACCUCCCACUUUGAUCCGCCCAAUCUGAAGUCCAACGUGCUGUCAACCCUCUGGCCUGGACGUACAAACCCCAGGUCGCCGGACACAAGUCCUCCCUUCCUUUGGCAGUCUCCCGGCUCGAACGCGGCGCUCUACUUCGGGGACAGAUGGGUCGAGAUUCACGACUUCCUGAAGCAUCGCCUUCCCAGCGUCGACAGGACCCAAAAAAUCAUUGGCGAGCAUCUGCCGGCCUGGACCGAGUACGUGCUCGAGAUUAUGAGGGCGCGUGGCUGGGAAAUGCUGUAUCCUCCGACGAUCCAGGGGGAGAGCACCAUGGCCACGCUUCACACGGAGCUGUGGAAGCCUCCGGAGGAAUUUGCUCUAGACUACAAAAGAGCCUUGGCGAAGGAAAAGUCGAAGGAAAAUGGCGGCGACGGCGACGGCGAAGACGUGGUGGUGGAGGAGGAGCCGUCUAGUUUGGGCGACAAGGGGUCUCUGUCGGCACAUCCGGCCCACUGGGAGCAAUCUGAAGGCUCCGUCAUCCAAACGCAGCAGCCGCUUCACUCCGUCCUUCCGUUCAGAGGAGAGGAGCCCCUUCUCAGAUCACUGCCUCAUCUCCUCUACGACGGCGAAUCUGUGCAAUGGUCUGAGAUGCCCGCGAUCGCAGAGGAAUACGCCGAGUCCUUCCGCAAAACCUUGGGAGGCUGUUCGGACGAGACGCGCAAAGCCAGUUCGAAAAUCGUACCACACAAGGCUGGCGAUCUCUUUUGCCAGGGAGAUGAGGGCGAAGAUGGUAGAGAGAAGCCCGCGAAGCCCGGAAAGCCCGAGACGCCGGCGAAGGUUCAUCACAGCAUGGACGAUGUAAAAUAGCUUUAGUUGUGUCCUCUCUGUCACUCUCUCCUUUUGUCCAACCUUGGACAAGCGGGAGUCGCUAGUCCAACGAAGACUUCAAGAUCCGACAGAGCUCUAUCCAUCUGUCAUUCUAUAUACCACUAAGGCUUGAGCCAGUGCCUUCUCCCACUUCCUGUAGAUCGAAGCGGCUUCUUUUCGCAGUCUCAGCAACCGUAUGUGGGAGGGAUUCUUUCGGGGAAAGGAGGCCCAACCGGCGAUCAACAACCGCAUGAUCCUGGUCCGGAUAUACGUUGUACACUGCUAAAUCCGACUUCGUAGGCCCAGCCUUUUGCAACCGCCUUUCGACCGACCCACCAGCAGGCCAG